UCGGCCAAAAGAGGCAAAGAAGCGGCCGCCCCAAACGCACCCGCCCGGGCCGACGCACCUCCGGAGAGACUCCUCGUAGAUAGAUAGGGGCCAUAGGCCAUACUACUACCACGAGCGACCAAGAUACAUACAGACACUCCCCCACGGAACCAGCGAGCCAGCGAGAGGCCAUGGCCAUGGAGGCCGACGACGACGACCUGUGGGGCGCGGUCACCACCAGCCCCAGCGCCUCGCCCCCGCCGUCCGCCGCCAUCUCCACCGCGCUCAGCCUCAACACUCGCCUCCAGCUCCUCGCGGCCUCCGGCGUCGGCGGCGGCUCCCCGUUCCACCCCGGCGGCGUCGGCUCGCCGUUCCACCUGGGCGGCGGCUGCUACCGCAAUGUGGCCGCGUCCCCGACCUCCUUCUUCUCCUCCGCCGCGGCCUCCUUCCCCCGCAUCGCGCCCGACGCCGGCCCUGCCCGCCGCGCGCUGGAGCGUGAGAUGUGCUACGGCCACGGCGCGGCCGCCUGGCCCGGCCCCCCCGGCGGCGGUGGCGCCGGCGCCGCCGCGCCCGUGGACCGGCGCAAGAAGCGCAUGAUCAAGAACCGCGAGUCGGCGUCCCGCUCGCGCGCGCGCAAGCAGGCGCACGUCACCCAGAUCGAGUCGGAGGUGCACCAGCUACGCGAGGAGAACGAGCAGCUCCGCCUCAAGUACGACCAGCUCAAGGCUUCAGUGGAGGUGUCGGUGCCGGUGAGGAAGACCCUGCAGAGGGUGCUCUCGGCGCCCUUCUGAUCCUUCCUCGACGAGGGAUCGAGAUCGAGGCUGCAGCUCCUACAACCACCGCCGCUACUACGUACUUACAUAGCUAGAGUGUUGCAGUAGCUAGCACUUACUAGUAACUAUUACCGGCUACUACUAGCUACUACGAUGAUCAUCCAUCAUCGUCCUUGUAAAUCCAUAUGGAUGUUAUUAUCUUCUCCUUUUUCCUUGACUCACUAGUCCGGCCGGGGCUACCUCAAUCUUUUGGUCACUCAGCUAAACCAGAGGUGGCAAUGCGCAAGGAGAGGGGAGAAGACGCAGCUGCUUUAUCUGUACAGCGGCAGCUGCUACCUACCUACCAGUAGUAGAUCUCCUAGCAAUUACAGCCGUUGUGGAUUAGCCAGGCAGCAGCUGGUUCUUGUUUUGCUGACUUGGUGAUUAAUGAUAUUAUGGUGCUACUUA